AUGCCCCUUGUACGGGCUGUUUCAGUCGUAGUUAUUUCCACUAUUACAGUAUUAUACGACUUGGUCAUCAAGACGUAUCUGCCUGGCUAUGUGAAUUUUCCCCCAGAAAAGAAUCUCACAUUUGAUGGGCAAGUGAAUAUUUCUAUGGUGGUCGUCGAACCAACUAAAAGUAUCGUUCUCAACGCGAAGAAUAUCACUGUGAUCCCCGAAAAAUGCGAAGUGUUCUCGAAAUUCAGAGGUGAUCAAAAACUUGAUAUUGAAAGUGUGAUGGUCCACGAAAGGCUUGAAAAGCUGGAAUUUCUCUUAAAGAAGCGUUUGGAAAAGGAUCAGGAAAUUGUGCUCAAGGUAAACUACACCGGCCUCAUCAGCAACACCCUUGGUGGACUCUACCAGGCUACCUAUACUACUGCAAAUGGAACUACCAAAGGAAUACCUAUGAUGUGCGGAUGUGUGGUUUCGGUGGGAAACUUCAAGAAGCUGGCAGUACAAGAGAGCUGA